UGCUUGGGCCACGAGCUUUCAACGAAUGAGGGGAAAAGGGCGGUAACCUGUUACUGUUGCGACACACCAAACUGGAUUGGGACAACUCGUGCAGGCAGAGAGCCCUAAAUAUAUUUCUAUGUCGUAAAAAAAUAUAUUUGAACAAUUUUUUUUUUAGGUUUCGGGAUUUAUUUUAGCCUUUCUUCUUUUUUUGGCUUUAAUCAAAUUUGGAUUGUAUAUUUACUGACAACAGAACAGCACAAUGAGCGUGUGUGCAACCAUCCUCAUCGUGAUAGCUACCAUCCUGGGACCAAUCACCUUGGUUUUCAUGUCUGUCUCGUUUGGCACCGACCACUGGUUGGAGUUUCGGGUGGACAGGAGUAAACUGCCCGCUAACCUGCGUGACACCACAGAUCUGGAGAUGGCGAAAAUAGCUCACUCACGUGACCGGGGACUGUUUCGAGAGUGUUUCCCUGGCAACGACACACAGUUUCUAGACAAAGCUGAUGGUAAAGUUGAUGGCUACUGCUUUAAUAUCAACUAUGACAUGCCAGAAAUUUCAGGAUCCAAAAGUGACGAAUACAUUUCCAGAUUGCAUUUAAAUAGAUGUUUCUUGGCAUUCUUCAUCAUUGCCAUUGUUUUGUUCUUGUUGGCUUAUGUGUUUGGUUUGAUUUUGUGUUGCAUGAGGGUCUCCAGAUGGGCUUACAUUGCAGGAUUAUUUUCCUACUCAGCAGCAUUCUCACUGGCUGCUGCUAUAGCUUUCUUCCAUGGUGCUGAGUACAUUGAGAGAAAUAAACUGAAAGAUCCAUACUUUUACUUGACGUGGGAGGAGCCUCUAAAAACGUACACUACACGUAAUUAUGGAUGGUCCUAUGCACUGGGCUGGGUUGGAAUGAUCUUGGCUGCUCUCUCCGCAACGUUCUACUCUCUGGCCGGAUGUUAUAUAACUAGCGAGAAAUACGAAGACCGCGAAGUUCUGGAGAAGCAAAAGGGACGUGACUACCCCAUUGCUAUGGAACCUGUUUAUGCAGUUGGCACUGACCCUUACUACACAAAGAGUUACGGAUACCCCCGUGCCUACCUGGGCCCUAUGGCUCCUGAAUAUUACGCCAGAUCCUACCCAGCAGUUGGCUAUGGUGAUCCUAGUAAAGAUAUGUGGCAUUGGAGGGAGAUGGAAAGUUAAAUUGCAUUCAGAGAUUUUAAAUCAAAUUAUUCAGUGGAACUACUUAAAACCAAAUUUAAAAAAAACUUAAAUCUACCCAUUAUUCUACUUAAUAUUUUUUGAAGUCUAGGGGAAUCUACAAAUUUUAAUUAUUGUGAAACAUUUUUUUUUGGUCAUAAAAUUGUGUUAAGACACAUUCUUCUAAACUGCAGCAUCUAAAUAUAAUUACAUAAACGAGUAAAAAAAAAUGAAAUAUAAAUGAUGGUCUGCCAGUUUGCCAAAAAAUAUUUUUUUUAAUGAGAUAAAUCAAAAACUUAAAUAACUAUUAUAGUUUCAUCAAAUGAUAUUGUAAGUGUUUCGUUAUUUAGAUUUUUUAUUAUAAGGGAUUAGUUAUUUUAUCAAAUGAAAAUGCCAUAUUUUUAUAAUUAAAUUUCUUUUUUUUUCUUUUCACAAUUCAAAUAGCCAGAAUUGAUUAUAAAUUAGACAAAAUGUUAGCAUUUUGAUGAAAUCUGAAUUUUAACUGGUUGUAAGUAAGUUAAAUCAUGUAGGCAAAUAAGGUUUAACAUGAGUUUAAUGUCUUCUUGUCAUCAUGAUCAGACAGAUGACCCAGUUCUGAUUGACAAAAUCAAGAUAUUUAGUCAUAAAACUUUUAAAUCAGAAUUAAACAUCUUCUGUGAUCUGAAGCAGAGUUAUGAAAAGGUAGAGAAUGUGUUAUGUAGUUCAGACUGCUGCUGUUAUUACCAUGUGUUCUAUGUUUGGCCCAUGUGUUCCAACUGGAACUUAACACAUAUGUUUAGGCAUGCUUAAAGCAAACUUCUUUUUUAAGACAAUAUAGCAGUAAAGUGACAAAUGAAAAAUUUGACUUGCCCCUGAAUGUUUUAAGCUGUUCUCAUACAAAAGGGUUCAACUAUCAUUUGUCAUGAGCUUUUACUAGACUCCAUAAAAAAAAGCUGGGAUACAAGUUAUUAGUCUAUAGUAAUGUUUACGUCUAACAUAUUAUGUGCUGUUCUAUAAUAACUUCCAAUCAUCAAAACAGAACUUCCUUUCAUUGUAAAUGUUUUUUUUGCAAGAAAUAAUGAGUGUUAGCAAUACCAUUUUUUGGUAAAAAGGAAUUUUUGUUUCUUUUUUUUUAUGAUUUGCAUAACCGUUGACAUCUAUAUGCUACAAUUCUCAUAACUACAGCGUUUAUUUUAUUUUUAUUGCAAAGUUCCAUCUUCAAAUGCUACUUUAUCACUUCUGGUGUUUAUAUAUAUAUAUUUUUUGUUGUACUUUACCUUUAUAAAAACUUGUUUUAGUAAUACGUGUUUAACUAUUUUUUUUCUUUGAAAUUAGGAACAAAGAAGUCAUUUUAAACAAAUUUUUUUUUUAUAUGUAAUAUAAUUUUGUGUGUAUAUUUUUUAACUGCUAAGAAUUGUGCCUUGGUGAGUGAAUUGUGUAUUUACUUAUACAUUUGUAUUUAUAUAAUAUAUAUAUAUAUAUACUUUUAGUUUAAAGUUAUAUCCUCAAGAUCUGAUAAAUUGUGCCAUUAAGGUGCAGAAAAUAAUUGUGAGUGAGACGUGAAUGAAACUAUAAAAAAAAAAGUUGUUUAUAUAGUGUUACCUUGUUGUUUUGUUAUCUAUUUACACUAUAUUUAUACAUUCCACAUGUAGAAAGUAGCUGGUUUGGCUGUGAAGUUUUUUAAGUUAUUUAGAUUGGUGGCACCUACUAUUUUAGUUGAACAGAAAUAUUCGAACAGCCUAAUUGAAAAUUGUUACGUUUUUUUAAAUAAUAUUUUGAAAAGUCAUUGUUACAAUAAUUAUGUAUAGUUUUUAUGAUGUUGACAUCUUUUUUUUUUUUUUGGGGGGUAUUUUUGUUUUAAAACUAAAUUUUAACUCUGACAUUAAAUGAAUAAAACAAUAAAUCAUGUAUUAUAAUUAUAUUUAUAAAAUAUUCCUUUUUUUUUUUUAAUCACUACUACUUACCACUCUGUAACUUUUACAAUUUAUUGUACUUAAAUAUUUGGAUUCAUUUUCUUAAAAUAGAAAAAUAUUUGGCCAUCUAAACAAACCUAUUUUAAUCAAAUGUCAUUGACAUUUCAAUUAUUAUUUUUUUCAUAUCUCCAUUUCUUGUAAAUGUACAAGUGUUUCAAUCUUUGUGAAAUGAUUUAUAUGAAAGAUUAUGUUUUUAUUUCUAGUACCAGUUUUGACUUCUGUAUAAUGAAACAUAUUUAUAUACAACUAUAUGAUUACAAACAAUAAACGUUUCUCAAAAUUUUCAGCAGAAACAAAUUUUGAAA